CGCCGAGUGAUGGAUCUCUUUCCUUUGGAGCCAUUUUAAUCUCUCCUGCGGCCGUAGGGGGUAAGGCAUGGGCUAAUCAAACACCGCAAGCCUUCCAGUGAAGCCUGGUCGCGAUCUACUUAAGUCAACUCGCCAUUCUCAGUUGAGAUCUCAUUCCACUUUCUCCACACCACUCAAAGCUUUCAUCUCAUCAAUCUCAAGAUUGCGUUCGCAUCUCAUCAGUGUCAAGCUUUUAUCCGCCAAUUCGUUCAAAAUGGCCACCAAAACCUUUCUCAUUGUCGGAGCGACGGGUACUCAAGGCAGCUCAGUCGUCUCAGCCAUCCUCUCUACUGCCUCGCUUCCAUCCAUAGAAAUCCUGGCCUUGACACGAAACACCUCAUCGUCCAAAGCCAAAGCCCUCGCGGCCCUGGAUCCACGCGUCACUCUCCUUGCAGGAGACCCAACAGCGCCCGAAGAAAUCUUCAAGAACGCCAACACCCAGAUCGACGGCGUCUUUUGCGUGACAGUCCACGGUCCAAAGGGCUCAGAAGAAGCGCAAGCUGAAGGUCUCAUCGAUGCCAGCAUCGCUCAUGGUGUUAAGCAUUUUGUCUUCACAUCAGCCGAUCGCGGCGGCGAGGUGGUCUCUGAUACGAACCCAACCCCUGUCGCCCACAUUGCGACCAAGUAUCGCAUUGAAUUGUACCUGAAAGAGAAGACAAAGGGGAUGUCGAUGGCGUGGACGAUUCUCCGGCCUACGACCUUCAUGGACAACAUGUCACCCAAUUUCGAAGGCAAAGCGUUUGAAGCUAUGUGGAGGCAAGUAGGCAAGAAGCCCGUUCAACUUGUUGCUGCGAGCGAUAUUGGUCACUUCGCUGGAGUUGCUCUGUUGCAGCCGGAGAAGUAUUCUGGGAAGUGUAUUGGCAUUGCGGGCGACGAAUUGAAUUUCGAGGAGGCUCUUGUGAUUUUUAAGAGGACCAUGGGCUUUGAUAUGCCGACGACGUUUUGUGCUGUAGGCUCGAUUGUGAAGAUCGCCAUGCCAGAUAUGGGCGCCAUGUUCAAGUGGUUUGAGAAAGAUGGGUACAAUGUUGAUAUCAAGAAGUGUCGACAGGAGUACCCCCAGCUGCAAGAUUUUGCAACGUGGUUAGAGAAGAGCAGCGGCUUCAAGAAACAAGAGGUUCAUGAGAAGUAGACGAAAUUUGCCUUGGUGUUAGUUUAGGGGUUUGUUGAAAUCCGAGCGAAUGAGUCCUUGUACUCUCGUCCUAUACCUGACUUUUCAUCUUAGACUUUUCAUUCUAUGCUUGGAUUCCAAUCUCAUCUUUUCGACGAAUUAAAUACCAAGUUUACAAGACACUUCGC